AUGCAGGGAUGUUGACCAUUGAGACAGAAAUGUCAGAUGCUGGUUCAUUGGAACUGUAUGUAGCAGUAUCAUCAGUUUCUGUCACAGGAAGCAAAGACAAUUUGAUGAUUUAAGAGAUCCUGAAAUGGCAGAAGUUGAGCCAGGUCCAGAAUACAAAUGUUUGUUAUGCCUCAACCAAUGCAAGCGCCCCAGGAAGCUGACAUGCCAUCACACGUUCUGUUACACGUGUCUGAAGGAGUACAUCAUUAACGAACACGUGACUACUGACGAGAACAGACUCUAUUUUCCUUGUCCUGUCUGUGAUGCACCAAUAGCUCCAAGUGAUACUACCCAACCUGUGAAUACCUGGGCGUUAUCAUUUCCUAUCAAUCGUUUGUUCAUUGGUUCCACAUCAGCUACAUCAUCAGAUGACAAAGUCUGUGAUGCUUGUUGUCGCGAGAAUGAGGCAAAUCCAGCUGAAGUUUUUUGCUUUGACUGUCCAGAUUUUCUAUGUAAACAAUGUAGAAUUGCACACAAAAAGAACAGAACGUCGACAAAACAUGUACUUGUAUCAGCGACAGAGGUAUGCAGCGCUAUUGAUCUCCAUGACUUAUCGAUCAAUGGUUUGUGUUCCAAUCACGAUGAAAAGAUUAUAGAUGUUUUUUGCCUCGAUCACAAAUCAUUGUGUUGUGGGGUUUGUGUCUCUCUUCAUCACAGACACUGCAAUAAUAUCAAAUCAAUAAAAGAAGUUUCAAGUAAAGCCAUGGCAGGAAAGCCACAUCAUGAGGGAGAAUGGGGGAAGAUCGCAGAAGAACUAAGUAAGAUGCUGAAUGAAGACGAAUCAGAGAUGGUUAAUCUAGCUUCGGAAGAAAAAGAGAUAUCUGACAAAAUAUCACAAGCGGUGCAACGUGCUAAGAACAAGCUUGAUGAGUUGAAUGGAUUAUUUCAGUCAGAUCUUCGACAGAAAUUUAACCACUGCAAGCAAUAUCUAUCUAUCCGACAGAAGCAUAUCAAAACAUUUCAGGCUAAUGCCGAUAACUGUAGAGUUUUGAUGUCACGGUUAGAAAAGCGAGGAGAUCUUCACAAUAUAUUCAUCGCUAGAGAACAAAUAAAACAACAACUGUUAGCACAUUUCCAACGUGUGGAUCAUCACACGUGGAGACUUCCAAAUAGUUUUGAAGUUACAGUCAAUAUGCCAACAGUUUUUGACAACAUGAUGGAACUGACAUCCGCAGCAGAUAUCAACAUGACAUCUAAAACUUCACAGGUUUCACUUGAUUCCAGAAAGUGUGUCAACAACAUGUUUGAGAUACUGCUAUCAACGCCAUCAGCUUCAUCCUUUGCGUGCACGGUUUCCGGCUCCGACGUCGAAGGAUCAUUGCAUCAUCUUUCUGUAGAGUUAAUACAAGAAAAAUUAGAAGUGUGGAAAGGAUCGGUCUCUCUUAUGGCAACAGUAAAGAGUGCUUCAUUAGGACAAACGGAAGAAAUAUGCCUAUCAGGAGGAGUCUUUACUGACAAAGGAGAAUUAAUUGUCACGGAUUUCUACAACAAAAGGCUCAUAAUGUUCAAUGACAAAUAUUCAUAUCUAGAUGAACAUGCUGUCGACGGGAACCCUACUGACAUAGCACUUGGGCAUUCAGAUCAAGAUUUAUUUGUCGCGGUGGUGGACAACAAAAUAUUUAGAUUUACAUUACGUGAUGGUCAAUUGUCCACAGUAAACAGUUUUAAGAGCCCGAUGCAAACGUGGGGCAUUACGGUGCACGGCCAGAACAUGUGUGCUGGAACGGAUCGAAGCGUAGAUGUUAUGUCUGUGAAUGGAGAUAUGAUUAGAUCAUUCAAGAAAAUGGGAUCAUUUACAUACCCUACCGUUUCACAAGCUGCCGUAUACCAUAAAGAUAUUGAUGACAUUGUGUGUACCCAGCUAGAGGAUGGGAAAGAAAUCGCAAGGUACAGAGAUCCUUGUCUGAGGGAACCCAGAGGUAUGGGACAGGAUAGAGAUGGCAAUAUAUACGUAUGUGGUCUGGGUUCGGGAAACAUCUUUGUUUUGUCACCUGAUUUGUCACGAGGAAGGGAAAUCCUUCCAAAAUUGUCUGAUAUCACCAAAGCAUAUGGAAUAGUAGUCCAUCCUACCAAACUGGAGUUUGUGGUGACGUCAUUGAAGGAGUCGACUUCUUUGGAGGUGUACAAAAUAAAUGAAAAUGAUCCCAUGUAAGUGCUUCAAACAUGUUAUCAUCUAUUUCAAAUGAAAAAUAUAUGUAGAUAUGGUUAUCUAGCGCAUGCGUGACAGCGAUACGGCUUCUUUUCAUGAAGCAGUGACAUUCGUGACUGGCUUGAUUAAAUUAUAAAUAGCAAAACAUCAUGGUUGUAUCCAUCUUCCUAACCAUUUUAACCAUUUGCAAGACGUCCUACAGCACGGCCACAUAAAGGACACAAGCAACACACGUUUACAACAAUUGUUUUAAGUUCCUUCUUGCCAAUUUGUCCGCCGUGCUAAUGAUUUAUUAAAUGAGUCAAUAAACUGUGAUCGAUGACACUCUCAUAGGGCCCAGGAUCAAAUUGUGGUGUGCGGUUGAUGUACUUAGUGAUCAAAAACUUUUGAACUUGAACUCGUUAUUUAGAGCUUGUGUCUUUAAACUUGAUGACCAUUGUGUUGAUGUGUGGACUGAACAAAUAGUUGUCGUCAGCAGAAUUCAAGAACUUGCCGGAACCAAAUACGUCACAAAAGAUAAUGCAGCUUAUCCAUUAAAUAAUAAUGUACAUUGAA